GGGACGAGACGUUGUUCGUAAAAAUUACAAAACGUGUUGUAAUCUUUAAUAUAUUGCAUCAGUGUACGUUAAUUUUAAUUUAUUUAUUUAUUACUUACUGUCAUGUAAAAACAGUAGCUUUAGUAGUAUUUUAUUUAUAUAACUGGUGAAAUAGCGCAUAGUUGCUAACUGCGUAGUGUUGUGUGAUAUUUUGAUUCCGAGCAAACACUUGUUCAUUUUUACGACGGAACAAAAAUUGAACGACAAGAUGGCGAAGCGCACAGUGCUGAACGAAGCUUACAAGGGUCUGGUGGAGUCCAUGUCUAUCCCAGUGGAGCUGCACGAGCGCGCUGGCCGCAAGUUUGCCAGCUUCGGCGGCGUUCUGCCCAUACACUGCGCCACUGAAGAACAGGUAUUGGAAUUAGCGAAGACGACCCACCACUACUGCGACGUGUUCACGAAUGAGGUGUUGGCGCCACUAGCGGAGCUGGCUUACGUACGGCUAGACGAGAAUACAGCUGAAAAGGUGUUUAUAAACAGAAGUAAGCGCAUCCUGCUGACCUCCAGCGACGGGCAGCUCGCCCAGUGGCGCUGCGCCCCCAGCUUCGAGUCCGCCAACCGGUACGUCGCGGGCACGCCCAUCGUCAACCAGGACGGCGCGCUGGUGUCCGUGGUCACCGCCAAGAGGGGCAACCACUAUGCCGUGUCUUCGUUUGAGGGCGAAGGCGGCUACUUCGACACUACCCUCCCCUGGAAGACCCUGGACUCCCCGGGCAUCAUCUACGGCGACCAGAGCUUCCCCUCCCGCGAGGCGCUGCGCGGCCACGUGGCCUUCCUCCCCCCCGCGCACAAGGCCCCGCCCUCCCCCCCCACUCCCGUGCUGCACCGGAGCGCGACCCCCCGCAUAGCGUUGGUUGCGGGGAACGGCCGACAGAUGGCGCAUAUUUAUUUGCAAGGAGUGCACGCUGACGGAAUUGAAUAUUUGUAAUAUCGGAAGAUUCAGUAGCAAAAUACGCAGACCAAGUGGCAGAACUAUGUAAACAUGAAACUGUUUUUGAUGAUGUUUUUUUUAUUAAAAUAAAACGUUAUAUUUCAAAGUCUAAGAUGUAACACACGAAUGCUUGGUCUCGCUUUCUAUUUACGUAAAAGCCAUUUUGUUGUUAACUUAUCGUGUGUAAUUUGUAUUUUAUUUUGUAUCUAUGACAUUGUUUACGAUAUUAUUGAUUUUAAAAUGGUUAAAUUAAAGCAAUAUUUACUUUUAAAA